GAUCAGCUCAUACGUACUGCCUUCCAGUGCUUCCAGUUAGUCGUAACGGACUAUUUGUCAACGCUGCGUUUUGAUUGCUAUCCGGCCUGUGUUCAGACCGCAUCAAAGUUUGGUCACCAGACCGUGGAUCUGAAUAUUGCCCUCUCCGCUAUUGGCUCUCUCGUAAGUUCAGUGAUGAUACCCGUGUAA